AUGCAUUCAGAUAAUCCGUUUCUGUCCAUCCCUCAAACAUCUGUGUGCUACCGAACUCAGGAUUUUUCGGACCCUGUCGUGUAUCCCAAUGAAUCAAUGUCCAACCCUGUUGCACAAACAGAUCCAUAUCUCUCCUUGUGGGAUAGAGUUUCUCCCCAGUGCAAUCAGAAUCUUACCAAAAUGUCCCUCAUCGGAAUCAUUACCUCGGUCAUUUUGCAACAAUGUCGAAAAAAUAAUUUUGGUAACUUUCCAUCUAGUGAGGAUGCACUGGAUUUGCGGACAAAGUCAGAAAGUUCAGAACUUUUGAACCACUUCUUGAACUUAGCCUCAGAGAGUCGGUUUCAAGGAUACAACGUGCAGCAACGCGGCGAUGAAAUCAGCAUGGACCUUGAACAGGGGUCGAGGGACUGGCAUUGGACUCCCAUUGGAUCGACCAACUUAAACGCCAGAGCAACCGAGAGUUUUGAUGAACUCAGUGACAAGGGAGCCGAUUAUGCUGUAAACAAAUUUACCUCACUGCAGCACUCGUACCCUGCCAGUCAGUCUUUCGAUCGAAGAAACUCAGAGCUCAUGGACAGUUUGCGCAAAGCAACCACUUCGAACUUAAGCUUUCAGACGGAGAACGCAUUCUUCUCGAACAAAUGCCCUGUAGUUUCUUGGAAUCCAAAUACAGACGUUUGGAAUGAAGGGUUAAAGGACGGAAAGGUAAUAACCGAUGUGCCUUCAAAAGCAGCAAAUGUUAACCAACUGACUCCAACCAAUAGCUACGUUGGCCGCUACUCGCCUCCAUUGAAUUUCAGCGCUUUUGCAAUGGACCAAAAUAUGGUCUGCCCCAUAUGUCGAAAGUGCUUCCGUUUUGAGAAGAACCUUUUGCGUCAUUUGCAAAAGACCCACGCUACUGGAACUGGGGAAUCAGUUCUCAAGUGCAAAUUGUGUAACUACACUACGCGGCAUUAUAGCAACAUGUAUGUCCACAUCAGAACGCACACCGGUGACAAGCCGUAUUCUUGCUCCGCUUGUGGUGUAUCAUUCACGCAAGGCUCCUCGUUAAAACUUCAUAUCAAGUCACGGCACCACGACAAUGGUAACUACUUUUCGUUGACCAGGAAGCCAGGCAAAAACAACCUUACCAAAUUAUGGACGCGUGUACUGAAAAAAGAUUUGCCGAAGUAUAAUUCGUUGAUGAUGUCUCAACAAACGGGAAGUCCCAAGGAAGACCUCUCGCGAAUACUCUUUUCAGCUAGCCGCUCAAACACCUGGAGUACACUGAAUCCAUGUAACUCAAAGUCCUUCGUGAAAAUCCAGAAAUCCAGAAACUACAUAAGGCAGGCAAAAUUCAUCGACAUGUGCUCCAGCUCCAUUUUUCAGUUUCCUCUUAAAGACAGUUUGCAGAAGGACUAUCCAAAUUCUAUAUUGUCGACGGAUAGGCUUGAAGAAGAUGUUUAUUCCAAUCACGAGUUAUGUGGUGUUGGUGGCAUCACUGAGUUGAAUCCUUUAUCAGAUUGGUGCGAAUUCGGUGGUGAGGACAAAAGUAGAAACAGAAAAGACAGGAACACCACUGCAGAACAACAAGCAGUGAGUUCGUGUGAAUGUAAACCUUUGCUCUCAGACCAAGUGUAUUCGGGUUCGCCAUAUCAUUUGUCUAGUUGCAAAAACUCGCGAACAGACGAACUGUCUAAGCUCUAUACAGGAGCAAGAAAUCGGUCAUCGCUCAAAGAACCACUGCAUGCAUUUGCCGCCGAUGUUGUAAUAAAUCCAUCCCUUCAUUCGCCACAGGGCUAUUCACCCGCCACGAGCCACCCAAGAGAAUCAGCAAAAGAGACAAAAGACUCAUCUUCCGGUUGGUUUGCCUCCAAAGGAGCUGCUUCAAGAACGGACGACUUGAAAUGCGAAAGGGCUGACUGGAGGAUUAAACAGCUGCCAUUUUCUAUCGCAGCACUGCAAAGUUAG